ACUGGCCUCCACCUCCACACCCGCUUCUCUAAAUGGCUGAGGUUGAGAUAUAAAAGACUGUUGUGGAGUAAAGACGAUGGCAUACAGUCUUGUGGUUCCACCUGCAUCACAUUUUCACACUUCCACACUGAGGAGCAUGGCCUCCAGUAUUCUAAGCCGCCAUCUUGCUUCCUCUCUGAGACCCAGCCGUGGGUUGUCUGCUUCAGGACACCGCCAUCAACAAACAACCGCUAAAAGAGUUGAGGAAGUUGAGUUUGAUGGUCCUUGUAUGAAGACGGAGGUUCCAGGUCCCAGAUCUAAGAUCCUAGCACAACAACUGGAGAGUAUUCAGAGUGUUGUCCAGGUGAACUUCUUCUGUGACUAUGAGGAGAGUAAAGGUAACUACCUGGUGGACGUGGAUGGGAACCGCAUGCUGGAUGUCUACACCCAGAUCGCAUCCAUACCCAUAGGAUACAAUCACCCGGCACUCACAAAAGUCAUGACGGAUCCCAAAAAUAUGGGAACGUUUGUCAACCGACCAGCUCUUGGGAUGAUGCCACCAGAGCAAUUCUCUGAGAAGCUUGUCAACGGCCUGAUGGCAGUGGCACCGAAGGGCUUCAGCCGGGUCCAGACCAUGGCCUGUGGAUCCUGCUCCAAUGAGAACGCCUACAAAGCCAUCUUCAUCUGGUACAGAAACAAGAUGAGAGGAACUCCGGAACCAACUCCAGAGGAAGUAAGAACUAGUGUCAUCAACCAGGUUCCUGGCUGCCCUGACCUGACUCUUCUGUCCUUCAUGGGCGGAUUUCACGGAAGAACUCUGGGCUGUCUGGCCACCACUCACACCAAGGCCAUACAGAAGCUAGACGUGCCGUCUUUUGACUGGCCCAUCGCCUCCUUCCCCCAGCUGAGGUACCCCCUGGACCAGUUCGAGAGGGAGAACGCACGGGAGGAGGCACGCUGCCUGGAGGAGGCGGAGGACCUGAUAGUGAAGUGGAAUCAGAAGGGUCGGCACGUGGCGGGGGUGGUGAUCGAGCCAAUCCAGGCAGAGGGAGGGGAUAACCACGCCUCCUUCGACUUCUACACUAAGCUCAGGGGAAUCACCAAGAAGCAUGGCUGUGCCUUCCUAGUGGAUGAGGUGCAGACAGGGGGUGGGUCUACGGGGAAAUUCUGGGCCCACGAGCACUGGGGAUUGGACGACCCCGCUGACAUCGUCUCCUUCAGCAAGAAGAUGCUGACAGGAGGAUACUACCAGAAAGAUAGCUUUCAGCCUGACAAGCCGUUCAGGAUCUUCAACACGUGGCUUGGAGACCACACUAAGAACCUGUUGCUGACCGAGGUCAUAAAGGUCAUCAAGACAGAGAACCUGCUGGACCAGGCCAAGAGGUCAGGCAAGGUCAUGCUGGAGGGACUCUACGACCUACAGGAUAAGUACCCCCACUUGCUCAGUAAAGCGAGGGGCAUCGGGACGUUCUGUGCCAUCGAUGUUAAGGAUGAAGACACACGCAACCUCCUCCUCCUCAAGGCCAGGAAUAAGGGUGUGGUUCUAGGGGGCUGUGGAACCCAGUCUAUCCGGUUCCGACCAGCUCUGGUGUUCAAGGAACACCAUGCUCAUCUUUUCCUGGAUAUCUUUAAUGACGCAAUCACUGAGCUCAAGUAGUCUACACAGGAAUCCAAUGUGGCCCUGCUCAAACAGACCCAUAUUGUAAAUCUGCAGUGAAGAGGUUGACACUCCUCCAAUCAAUCAAAUGUAUUUACAAAGCCCUUUUUACAUCAGCUGAUGUCACAAAGUGAUUUUACAGAAAUCCAUCCUAAAACUCCAAACGGCAAGCAAUGCAGAUGUAGAAGCACAGUGUCUCGGAAAAGCUCCCUAGAAAGGCAGGAACCUAGGAGGAAACCUAGAGAGGAACCAGGCUCUGAGGGGUGGCCAGUCCUCUUCUGGCUGUGCUGGGUGGAGAUGAAGGGUAUAUGGCCAUUAAGGCCAGAUGGUUCUUCAAGAUCUUCAUAGACGACCAUCAGGGUAUACACUCCUGUAUAUUACUGUACAUUAUUUCACUCCAACUCUUUAAGAAAAUGAUUUCCAUAAAUGACUGUGGGAUGAUUGAUUGCAAUGGACUUUCUGAAGGUCAAAUAACUGUAGACAUUUUCUGUAUAGUGUUUUGUGUACUGUACCUUAAAAUAAACCCGUCAAAUAUU